AUGGCGAGCCGCCGGCUCUGGCCGUGGCUGGGCCUGGCCUGGCUGCUGAGCCUGCGGGCGGCCCGCGGCCUGCCCCUGGACCCCGGCAAGCCCUUAGCCCCCGGCCCGCGGGACGAGGUCCUGGUGGCCGCUUUGCAGCGCCUGCGGCAGGUCUUCGACAUCGAGGAGCUGCCGCCCGACGUCCUGCCGCGCAAGAGGCCGCCCCAGUUCAUGGUGGAUCUCUUCAACAGGGUGGCCGACGCCAACGGCAUCACCCGCGCCCCGGGGCUGCUGCAGGGCAACGUGGUGCGCAGCUUCGAGGACCAAGUUCGCUUGGAUCAGUACCGCUUCUACUUCGACAUUAGCGCGAUAGAGAAGGGCGAAGAGAUGCUGAAAGCUGAGUUCAGGGUCUUCAAGCUGAAGAGGACACAUGUGUCUAGAGCUGAUGUGAAACACUUUUGCAAAGUGGAAGUGUAUGAGCUCUUGGAGAGUGGGAGGAAGCCACAAAAAAAACAUCUCGUUGCAUCAAGAUUGUUGUCCCUGUACACAGAAGGCUGGGUAGUAUUCAACGUCACACAGACAGUUUCCAAGUGGGUUAGAAACAGCAGCUCCAACCAUGGGUUUCUGAUAACUACAGCACAUGUAUUCAGCAAUAGAGUGGAGAACAACCUGGUUAAGUUUGCUAAGAACCAGGGUGCUUUGCAAGAGAGCAGAAAUGCUCUCCUUGUUCUCUUCACAAACAGUAACAAACAGAGAUCUUCCAGCUUUGUACCCUCUUCCACAGAACCAGAGAUGAGCCCUGCUGAGAAUGAUGCUUCACAUGUGCCUCUUGAACUCCAGCUCAUUGGAAGCAGCAGCAGCGCAGGCAUGAGCAGGAGACCUCGAGCUGCUGCAGGCCCUUCUGUCAAAAGCCAGGUAGCAGCCUGUCAUCGAAGGGAGCUCUAUGUUGACUUCCAUGCCAUUGGCUGGUCAGGGUGGAUUAUUUACCCGAGUGGCUACAAUGCAUUCCACUGCAGAGGAUCCUGUUUUUUCCCCUUGGCAGAAAGCCUAAAUGCAACAAACCAUGCCACAGUGCAGUCCAUAGUCCAUACAUUGAAACUGUCUCAGGAUAUCAGCAUGCCCUGCUGCGUGCCAGAUGAAUUGAAGUCCCUCAAUCUUCUCUACUUUGAUGACAAACAGAAUGUGGUCCUUAAAAAUUAUAAAGACAUGGUGGCAACAAGGUGUGGUUGUCAUUAG